AUGAUGUUGAACAAGAGAGCAAGAGGAAAAGAGAAGCCCAGUAACUCUAACUUAAAAAUUAAAAUGUCUUCUGUCGACGUUGUGCUAACUGUCGGUAAAUUAGAUGCCUCGCUCGCUUUGCUCACGACUGCUGAUCAUCAUGUAAUCGAAUUUCCUACCAUGCUAUUACCUGAAAACGUCAAAGCUGGCUCCAUUGUAAAAAUGGUGGUAUCACAAAAUUUACAGGAAGAAAAAGAGCAAAGAGCUCAAUUUCAAUCUAUUCAAGAUCAAAUUCUGGAGAAAUAUGGAUUAAAUAAACCAAUGGAGCCAGUUUUAAAAAUUGUUAAUGUUACCCAAACAAGUUGUGUCUUAGAAUGGGACAAAUUGACUCUUGGUUCAGCUAAAUUGAAGUCAUUAACUCUUUAUAAAGAUGGUGUUAGACUAAUGGUGGUUCCAAAUCCAUUCAAAGUAUCUCAAACCAAAAUUUCCGGACUUUCUGUUGAUACCGAAUACAAGUUUCAAUUGAAGCUAGCCACUACAUCGGGCCAAUUUUGGUCUAACCAAAUUAAUGUCCAUACCCACAAGAUGACCGAUAUGUCAGGUAUUACUGUCUGUUUAGGACCUCUGGAUCCAUUAUUACAUAUUACAAAGGCUCAAGUUUCUCAAUGUUUGAAAAAUCUUGGUGCUAAACCUUUGCAAACAAAAGUAGGUAUUGAUACUACCCACUUCGUCACAAAUGAAACAGACACAGGAGCUGAUGGCGAAGAAAAUGCUGAAUUGAAGAAAGCUAAGGACAACAAUAUUCCAGUGGUUAAACCUGAAUGGGUUAGAGCUUGUGAACAAGAUGAAAGAAUCGUUGGUGUACGAGGUUUCUAUUUGGAUGCUGACCCAGCUUUAGCAAAGAACUAUGUGUUCCCUCCUGUCUCUGAGGAAGCUACACAAGAAGCUACUCAAGAGGCUGCACAAGAAGCUACACAAGAAGCUACACAAGAAGCUACACAAGAAGCUACACAAGAAGCUACACAAGAAGCUACACAAGAAGCUACACAAGAAGCUACACAAGAAGCUACACAAGAAGCUACGCAAGAAGCUACACAAGAAGUUACACAAGAAGCUACACAAGAAGAUGAAAAAGAUGCUGAGGAAUCAGAGAAUGUCCCAGAAAUAGAAAGUUCAGAAGCACCACAUCAAUCAGGCGCUCAAGACGAUACUUCGAUUGAGAUGCCAGCUGAAGAAGUUCCUACAAUUGAAUCAUUAACUACUGAAAGAACGCAAGAAACAGGUCUUGAAGAUAUACCACAAGAAAUUACAGCUAAGGGACAGAUAGAACCAGAGACGAUACAAUUUGCAGAAACACUUGACAAAGAAAUGGAAGAAGGUAUACAGGAUGAACUUCCAUCAACCGCUCUAGGAGAACCAACUGAAGUUCCUGCUGUUGCUAAAUCUAUUGAGAGUACGGAAAAUGCAGUACAAGAAGAAGUUGCACCAGGUUUGGAAGCUGAACAACAAACAACCCCAGCACAAGAAUCAGAGGAAGAAGGAGCAGAAAACGAGAGUGUAGCUAUAUUGAGCCCGGAUGACAUUGUGAUUGAGAAAGAAGAAAGCAAUGAAGACUUGGAAACAACUGGUCAAGAAGAAGGCAACGAUGAAGAAAAGCCAGAAAUUUCUCAAGACGAGCAACCACAUAAUUUUGAAGUAACAGAUAAGGAGACUAUUUUAACUGGGGCAGAGGAAUCAAGACCAAAAAACAAUGUUGAGACGACCACUAAUGAAAAGAAAGACAACGAGAUCGUACCCGAUGACUUAAAUAACUCUGCAGAGGUACCAAAAAACAUGAACUUGGUUGAAAACGAUGUUGAAUCUCAAAAGCACGAUAAUGUCGACGAUGCUACAAUACCAGCCGGCACAUCAUUACAGCAGGAGGAUUCACCUUCAGAAGAGGUACAGGUUGCUGGUAGUAUUGAAGAUGAGGAAGAUGACGACGAUGAAGAUACUGUUACAGAAGCUACUCCUGAAGGAGAGAACACUGUUGUAAGCACUAGUGGUAAUAACGAUGGGGCCAACAAGAAGAAGAAUAAAAAGAAUAAGAAGAAAGGUAAGAAGGGUAAGAAGAAAUAA